AUGUUCAGUUAUGAAGGAGCACUAGCUCGGUUAGAAUGGGCGCAGGAAGUCAACUCUCUCUGGUUAAGAGGACUUCUCCAACCAGAAAACCUUCUUCACAGUGAUUAUCUGCAAACACUGAAAACUCUUCUGGGAAGGAAUCAAUUUGAAAAAGACUCAGAACGCUCGCUCCAAAGACAUCUUGAGGUUACAUUUUCCUUUCUCCCCUAUCCAGUGAUUCGUAGCUUGACAAAGAAAUUGAUACAGAAGAAAGUCAAGCGCGCCGGUAAAGAGAGAGGCGAUGAUCUGGAUCGUUUCCAAUUGUUUCCGACGAUCAAUAUAACGACACUUAUCGGAUGUUUAGAAAAAUUUAAGAAUAUAAGACUCAGGAGAGCAGCUUCACUCAUAAAACAACCACCAAUCAAGCCUAACGGGUCUUUGUUUGGCCUUUGUGACGUUGGCGCAGGGUUAUUUUUGCUCAAAAUAGGAAAGAAGCGCUUUCUUUAUUCAGAAUCCCGGCCGUUUGGACCCUGUCCUUGCUUACGGAGCUCAUCAAUAUUUGCAACUGAGGGAUACAUUCUUGAUGUGUUCAAAGAGAAGAUUCACGUUUUCUUUCGCCGCGAUGAACAGAUAGCGUCAGUUUGGGAAGUGCCCCUUGGCUGGCUGAUACACCGAGUUGUUAAAACAGCAGCUACUGAUGUUGUUUACGUUUUGAUACUUAGAGAUGGGGUCAGGAGAACAAUGACCUUUGACCUCGCGAGCGAAAUAAGACUAGACAAACACAGUCCCAUGAGCAGCUCAACACUAUCAUGGGUUCUGAAAGAAUCAGAAAAGAUCAAAUUGCGCACGCGUUACGAUUUCCAUGAAGACUCCUCCGAUCAUCUUUACGACUCUGUUGAUAUUCUUUGUAAUUCGAAGACAUUGCCCUUUAGCGGAAACGCGAUCAACCUAGACGAAAUCCGAAUUGACGGUGCUAACAUAGCCAUUUCUCACAGAAAAAGCGGCGAGAUGCACAAAUUUAUAACCGUACUGAGUACUAGUGGUGAUGAUGUUUUAUUAUCAGGAGAGUUUAAUUUGGAAGCGAUUGAGCGCCUUGGUAAGCAAAAACAAAAGAAAAUGUGCAUCUAUGUUUAUGAUAAACCGAUCACGAGAUCUGAGCUACCAUCAGAUGCUCAAGUCACAUGGUCUCUCAAUGAAAUGGAGCUGCUCUUUAAAUUUGUAUGGUGCACUGGAAGAAAACUCUGCACGGCACAUGCGAGACCCGUCGCCAAGUUCGCGCUUCAAAAUAAUUCACCUUUGAAUUUUGAAAUUCUUACAACAAGAGUGCAAGCAGAAUCAGAAGAACGCCUAGAAAACUCCUUCGAACGUGGCGAUUCGCAUUUAAUACGCAAAGGCGAGGAGAAACGACUAUUGAAAAGCGAGGAAGAUAAUUGA